CUCCUCCAAAAAUGAAUAGAAUCACCAAAUUCCCAGAUGAUGCCCAGAUCUCACUACCGAAUUCGCACUGUGUAUAAAAUCGCACUGAAAAAUUCCAAAAGCUGAUCAAAAAGUGAAGACGACCAAUUCGUCCUCUGCCUCGCCCAACCCGCGAGCUGUGACUCUGUGAGACCCUCGACUCGGCUGCCGACGGUGCUACGGCCACGCGCCCGCGCUGAUGGACGGCGACGAUCGGAGGACCCCACUGCUGAGCGGCGCCCGCCCGCCGUCGCUGCGGCGCCGCGACUCGGCGCGGUCGCUGCGGAGCACCUUCCUGUCGCGGCUGCCCGACAAGGUGCGCGGCGGCGUCGACCUCGAGCGCCCCGCCGCCGCCUGCGUCGACCUCAGCCGCGCCAAAGGCCUCUCCCAAGGUGAAAAGGAGUACUAUGAGAAGCAGCUGGCUACACUGAAAAUCUACGAGGAUGUAGAGGCCCUGUGCAUGCCCGGGGAAUUCGAAUCGGAUCCCGAGCUGCUCGAGCUCGAGGACAAGGAGCAGAGGCAGAGCGAGUCCGCCAUGAAGAUUUCAAACUACGCCAAUAUCAUCCUCUUGGCUUUCAAGGUUUAUGCCACGGUCAAGACGGGUUCCAUGGCGAUUGCUGCAUCCACUCUUGACUCCUUGCUGGAUUUCUUGGCCGGGGGCAUCCUUUACUUCACGCAUCUUUCGAUGAAGAGCGUGAACAUCUACAAGUAUCCGAUCGGCAAAUUGCGGGUUCAGCCUGUUGGGAUCAUUGUCUUCGCAGCCAUCAUGGCUACUCUAGGUUUCCAAGUAUUAAUUCAAGCUGUUGAGGAGCUGGUGGCGAACAACCCGGGAGAGAAGAUGACAAAGGAGCAGCUGAUAUGGUUGUACUCGAUCAUGCUUUCAGCAACUGUGGUGAAACUUGCUCUCUAUAUAUACUGCAGGAGCUCAGGGAAUAGCAUUGUCCGGGCAUAUGCAAAGGACCAUUACUUUGAUGUCGUAACCAAUGUUGUUGGUUUAGUGGCUGCCGUCCUCGGAGAUAAGUUCUUCUGGUGGAUUGAUCCUGUAGGGGCUGUGCUGCUUGCUGUGUAUACCAUAGUGAAUUGGUCUGGAACUGUAUACGAAAAUGCCGUUACGCUUGUGGGUCAGUCUGCCCCUCCAGAGAUGCUGCAGAUGCUGACAUACCUUGCCAUGAAGCAUGAUUCGCGCGUGAAGCGGGUCGACACGGUCCGAGCGUACAGCUUUGGAGCUCUCUACUUUGUGGAGGUGGACAUCGAGCUAUCCGAGGAUAUGCACUUGGGAGAGGUGCACUCUAUCGGUGAAUCGCUGCAGAAUAAGAUCGAGAAGCUCCCGGUGGUUGAGCGUGCUUUUGUUCAUGUGGAUUUUGAGAGCAGGCAUAAGCCGGAGCAUAGGGUUCGGAGCAGACUGCCUUCAUCUGAGCCAUGACAUAUCUGGUUCUACACUUGUAGUGUUUGUUCUGUGUACUUAAAUUCUGGUAUUGUAGUUGUGUUCCACCGGUUUGGUUUGUCGCAGAGGCAGAAAAAGAGGUGCGCUUACACGGUAGCUGGCUUUUGAGUGCAGGAAUCUAU